AUGUGUCUCGGUCCAUUUGGAGUUACAGAUGAUCAAUUAUUAUGUGAAUGUACGAAAAUUGGAUGUGAUUAUCAAUACUGUAAUAAAUGUGUGCAAACAAUAACCAAGUAUAAUGGUGACAAGUUAUUUCGCUGUAUGUAUUGUGGACAAGAAUCAGAACGAUGUCCACAACAAAAUGAGUUGCUGACAAAAUUGUUAUGGCAAGAGUUUAGAAGUAAAUAUGGGGUUGAAACAUUAUUAAUGUGUAAUACACCAGAAGCAUUAUUAGAUGAUAUUUCAUGUCGAAUAAUUCAUAUACAAUCAUUGAUUGAAACAAUAAAUACAAAAAGCAUGUAUCAUUCUAAUACUAUUUCUAAAUUAAUUCAAUUACAAAUUUCAAAUGCACAAGCAUUUGUCGAUACAUUAAGAAAAAUUGAACAAGAUGUCGUUGAUAUUUUUAAAAAUGAAGAUGAUAGUGAUGAGAAUGAUGAAAAAAUAACCGAUUCAUUAAAAACCUAUGUAUUGGAAUUAACCGGUAAAGAAAAAGAUCAACAACAAUGUAGAAAAUUCAUUGAAAUAUGUGAAUCAUUAUUAUAUUUAAUUAAGCAAAUUGAAUUCGUACAAUAUUUUCCACAUUUAAAUGGAAAAUUGAUUACAUGGGAAGAUACAAUAGGGAUGAGGGACGAAUUUAAACCAAAAGUAAUUGAUCUUUUCAAAGAAAUUGAAAAGGACCUUAAUCAAAUAAUUGUACCUAGUAUACCACCAAGGAUCGGUAUUAUUGGACAAAUAAAUUCAGGUAAAAGUUCAUUAUUAAAUCGCUCAAGACAAAUUACAAACGAUAAUGACUCAUAUAAUAAUGGGAAUCAAAUAACAACAACAGUAAAAGCAACCGCACCAAAUAGACUCUUUUCACCCAUUCGUCUUGGUCAAAGUACAUAUUGUCCAUUAGAGUUUGAACAUCAAUAUUCAAAUGGUAAGAAAGUUAUAUAUGUUGAUAUUCAAGGUUCAACCGACUAUGAUACACAACUGAAAGCGGGAAAUUAUUUUGAUGAAAUACGAAAGGCUGAUUGUGAUGUUUAUAUCAUUGUUUCUGAAACAACAUUUACAGAUAAUCAUUUACAAUGGAAAAAUUAUAUUGAAAAUAUUUUAAAACGCCAAUGUUUACUUGUACGAAAUAAAGUCGAUGAAUUAUUUCUAAAUUUAUUCGAACAAGAUAUUAAACAAGAUUUUGAUACAUUUAUUGGACCUCAACAACGAUUAGAACGAAAUAUAUCAAAGAUAAUUAAUCGAAUAAGGUCUAUGGUUAAAUGUGAUAUACAUGGAAAUGAAAUAUCCACAACACAAGUAUAUCUUACAUUUUCUAGUUACAAAUUGAAUAGUCGUAAUCGAUAUAUGACCAGUUUAUCAUUUGCAAAAUUUGAUAUUGAUAAAUUAAUUGAUUAUUUGAGUGAUUUACCAUUAGAUUUUCAUACAAAACGUUUACAAAAAUUAGCUCAUUAUACAAUAGCUCGUGUUAUUAAUACAUGCUUUCGUCGUGGUUAUGUUGUUUCGAUAUUAAAGUAUAAAAUUCAAGCUGGACUUAUGGCAUUAUGUCCAUUUCUUGAGUUAUUAUCACGUUAUUUAGGUCGUGAAUCAAUUCGUCAAGCAUUUGGUGUUAACGAUCGUUCACGUUUUUCGAAUUGGAGAACGGGACAAGAGGAUACGUUUAAAGAAUUUUUACAAACUUUUAAUGCUAAUGUAGACAACAGUGAAUUAAAAACGUCUGCAUUUAAAGAAACAUUUCCCAUGAAUCUAGGUAAUACUGAAACAAAAGUAACAACUGUAUCAUCAAUUGCUGUAAAGGGCGCAGUAGGUGCUGGUAGUUUUGGAGCAACACUUAUUGACGAUGCAGCGGGAAUUAUCGCACCCAUUGGUUCAGCUACAACACGUACUUUGACUUAUGGUUUACUUGCAGCUGGUGUAGUUUUACAAGCAGGUAUGUGUGCUUGGUCAGCUGUUGCGAAUGAAAAUCAAAUGUACAAUUAUUUAAAUCGUUUAUGUGACGAUCUCAUUUAUGUCAGUAAUUCAAUAAUACUCAAAAUUAUUGAAAAGAAUAAUCAAACUCGGGAAAACUUUUUGGAGCAAUUGGAUACAAAUGACUAG